AGAGUGGUUCUUUUGCUGAUGAUCUAAAGUUCGUUUGAUUGAAGAGUGAGUGUGUGAGAUGAGCGCCGAUUCGUCGAUGAUCAGUAGUUCUCGGGAUGCUGGUAGUGACAAUCUUCAACUGAAUUCAGUGGAUCAAAGCGAUAAUGGUCAAAGUUACAUCACCGUCAUUCCUGUGGAAUAUCCACCUCGAUCAUAUCAUCACGAUUUCCCUCCCGGGCAUGUUGCUAGGGGCCGAUGUAAUGGUAUUUGCCAUGUCCGGAGUUGCGAUCGAUCUUGACGUCGACGACAGUACAUCUCUAACUGUGGAUGAAAUGAUGAACAUCUUAGUCGACGAAGAGACCCUUGGGCUCUCUGAUCAAGCAAAGCAAGCAUUCACGUUAUGGAUGUGCUCACAUUACCUUGAAGUACAGAUGAAGCCCUACCACCAUCCUCUUCUUGUCCGGCGAAAGUGGCCAGAGCUCAUUCGCAGAUUUUGCUCCAUUUCGCAAGAAACUGCCCUCAUUGAUGAUCCUCGAGUUACAUUGAAAAGAAAUUGCUUUUUCCCAAAAAGGGAAGAAGUUAAAAUCCGAGAUCAGAAGAUUUUGGAACUCUUGUACGAGGAGGCUAAACAAAACAUUCUUGAUGGUCGCUAUCCUUGCGAAGUUUCGGAUUACGAAAUGUUGGCUGGAUUACAAGCUCGCCUCGAGUUGGGGGUGUAUGACCCGCAGAUCCACACUCCUGAAUUUUUCAGGUCUAGGUUGCCGGAUUUCUUGCCUGACCAUGUGAGCAGGUGUUCAUGGGCUUCAGGUGUAAUCAAAACUAAGUCGUCCCCGGAAUUAAGAAUCCUUGAUCAAUACCGAAGAAUUCCCCUGUCAACUUCAAGACGCAAGCUUGUCCGCAAAUAUUUGGAGUUCUCGUGGUCGUUACCAUAUUAUGGUGCAGCAUUCUUCAAAGGCCAAAUAGAAAAGCCAAAUAAGAAUAGUGGUGGAAUGGGAUUUGGUAUUGCCAGUAUGUUCAGGUAUCUUUUCACAAGACGAGAUGCUGAUGUAUUGAUUGCUAUCAAUGCAGAAGGCUUCUAUAUUAUUGACCCCGAAAAAUGCGUGGUUCUUCUCGGGUUGAAGUACUCCGAACUUUCGUGGGAUUUUGCUAAACCCUUGAAAGACACAGAUCCUGAUUGCCUUCCAUGCUUAUUCAUACAAUUUCCCGUGAUGGAAGCUGGAAUGCCCGUUAGCAAGAUUGUGCAAAUAUUUUCCAAACAAGCAGUCAUGAUGGAUGCAUUAAUUUCGGCGCAUGUGGAAGACAUACGUUGUCGAGCUGCCGUGUAUGGUGACGAUGUUGAUGGCGUUUUCGACGGUGCCACGGAUGUGGAUGAUGUGUUGAUUCCCUUGUCAACUGUAUCGCGAAAGGAAGUUCCAAAUUCUUGCUUAGCAAACAAGUUUGACAAGCUGACGAUGGCCACGUUUAAUGAGGACGUGUUCUUUCUUUCGGGUGAUAUUAUCAUCGUGAUGUCAACAAGGGCUGUUCAACCUCCCGGGAAGAAAGCCAAAAGGCUUUCGAAAAGUGUUAAAGCUGGAUUGACUUUUCCUGUGACUCGUUUCUAUCAUCAGUUUCGCUCGAAACUGCCAAGAUUCCGCAUUUCUGAUAAGAGCUCUAUUUACAUGUCAGCAGUUUUGGAAUAUCUGACUGCUGAAGUUCUGGAGUUGGCCGGAGGUGCUGCCAAGCAAUUGGGGAAACGUCGCUUGACUCCGAGGACAAUUUUUCUGGGCAUUGCUCAGGAUGCUGAGCUUUACGAAAUGAACAAAACUGUAACUAUACCAGAGGCCGGAGUUGUGCCGAAACAGCCUCAUGAACUUCUAUUGAAGAAAUACAAAUCUGCUCCUGCCAAAUCUCCCAUCGUCCCUGUUCCUAAGCCCCCUGUGAGAGCACCAGUGCCUGUAGCGUCCGUAUUUUCUGCGUCAAACACGCCGCAGCCUCUUGUAAAAUACACUGGUGUGAAGCACAAGGCGAAAGCUGCCAAUAAACCGGGAAAAGGUGGGAAGGGGUUUGGGCUCCUGUAUGCGGUGCUCUCGGAAAAGUUGUUGCUCACCGGGCAGAGGUUGACUGUGGUCCAAGCCCAUAUAGCCAGUAUCGCAGUGGAUGCCAUUGUGCACCCAACAGACUCUUCUUACAGUCUUGCAGGAGAAAUAGGCACAGCCUUAGCCAAAAUUGGCGGCACUGUGUUUGCUCAGGAACUUAAGAACAUGGAGAAAGACCAUGGUCAAAUUCCACCAAAUGGAGGUGUGGGAGGUUUCCCGAAACAACUGGCAGCUGCGACGAUUUUGAAGGCCAUUUCAGAUUACUUCAAAGGGAAUCGAAGCACAAGCCUGAACCAACUUUUCUUCGUCCUUUACGACAGUCAGAGCAUCGGCGUUUACAUUUCGGAGCUUGGAAAGCUGGAGGCGUGAAAAGUUUGUUUCUUUGUUUUAACUUACACGGACUCGUUGAAGUGCCUUCUGAAGAAUGGCAACUUUUUUUUUACAUUCCCUUGUAUUUUUCGGGCACAGUUCUUGAGCUUCAGCAAUUUUUAUGCUUGUAAUUCGUGGUCAGCAUUGUCGUUGAAAAAUAAGGUGCCUGAAAAAGAUCUAGGCGAUCACGGGACGCAUUGUUAGUCAUGUUAAUGCCACAGAUGUUCAGCUUAGUGAGCCUAAUUUAUUGCUACACGGUUGAAAGCGAGGAAGAAAGUUAUAUUUGGAUUGGAAGGGAUUAUUUUACCGAUUCUAAGUCUGUGUCGUGUCAGAGUAUACGUGGUAUUUUUCACCUUGUGAGCACUGAAGGAUGUGUUGGAUUGAGAUUACCCGUGAUUCUUUUUGCAUGCACUGUGAGGAAUUUUUGCUUUUGGUCGAUUUCGGGCUUGGUCAUUUGAGAUAUGUGUGGAAACAAAGUAUAGUCAUUGAGUUGAUUCAGUGAUUCGGAAACUUUUAAUUCGUUCAUUUUCUGCCCGGUGAGAAUCUGAUUUCUUGAGAUGAAUCUGUGUGCAAAAGUUGAAUUGUAAGCUCUGUUCGUCUUUUGAUAUCCUUGUUGGAAAACCGGUGAAUGGUGAGAGAUUGGCGUUUUCAGACCUAUCCUGAUUCAUCGAUCUGGAUUAAUGAGUGCAAUUCAUGAUCACCAGUACAUUUUGCCUAAUUCUUCAGAAGUGUAUUUGAAAUGGUACCAGAUUUCAACGAAGAACAUUAAAGUGAGUAAGGAUUUACUCAAAAUGGUUUGGGAAAAUUUAACCUAGCGAAGACUGAAAUUUAAAACAACCAUCGGUAGGCGAUGAAUACAGGCCUUGCAGGAAGUCUGUCAUUGCUUUCACGUAUUGAUUCGGGAGAUGCACUGAUGGGAGAAAUCUGGUUGGCUAACGAAAAUGAAGAGCUUUAAAAUAAGUAA